AUGUCGAAUAGUCCUGCACCUGCACCUCAAAAAAUAGCAGAUUAUUUUUUCGUAGCAGGAGUUCAUGAUUUGCAUAUUAUACCCGCUUUAGAAAAUGCAAAAAGAACCCACGCCUACAGCGAAGACGAUAUCACCUAUUAUCAACAACAGGAAGGAGCUGUCAACAAUAUUAUUCAUAACUUUAGCAUGAAAAGCAGUGACGGCGGCAACAGUGGUAAAGGAGGGAGCACUAUGACUCCUACUACUGAGGAUAAUUUGACAGAAAAGAAAAUCAGACAGCAAUCCUCCUCUCACCGAUGUAGAUCAGCAACCAUUUCUGUCGUUUCGCCAACCCAACCGAUUGCUAGCGUUGAAGAAAAACAAGAGCCGUAUUCUUUACAACAUCCUUUGUCUACCACAAGCAGAAAAAAUAUACUUUUUCGCAGCGAUGGCGAGGACGAGGACCGGUUAGCGACACCACCAUCGUUAUUAGGCGUGCUAGAUCAUGUCCAAUCUGUCAUUGACAAUUUCGACAAAGAAAGAGAUACAGCGAGAGAUAAUGUUAUUGCACCUUUCACUGAAAAAAAGUUCAGCAAUACUCGAUCAAGCAUUUAUUCAAGUACGAACAGCAAAAGAAAAUCAAGUUUUUAUAUGGAUGGAGCAAUUAAAGGAAGGUGGAGAAGUCCUUCUGAAUCAAAAUUAUACUCGAAACGAUAUUCAAUGAGAACACUUAGCGAUUUAACAGCCAAAUUUGACGAUGAGCAAUCACAAAAAGAAAUGAUACCCAAUAUCUUUGACCUUAAAUAUACACCUACAGUUCUCUCAAGGUAUCCGCAAACAAAUUAUUCACAAGACGAACCUUUUCCUGCUUAUGCAGCUAUGUUUUGUUUUCCAAGGGACCUACAAUUGUAUUAUGGAGAAUACCCACCACAUGAACGCUGCCACUCAUUUACACUGACAGAUGAAACAGGUGCUACUAUUUAUGGCACUUGCGUUGUAUUUUAUGAAAAGUUAUCAAACAAGCUGAAAAAACCUGUCAACAAUGCUAUUCAAGAAUGGGUGAAACAUAAUAUGCCAGCAAGCACUAUUGAAUAUGCUCAGCAUUUACGAGGCAGAAUUGAUCUGGAAACAAUUCAAUUAGCACAAGCUCGAAAGGACUUUGCACAGGUGAUAGGUGCAUCGCAGAGUGAAAGCAGCCAAGAGAGAGACUUGAUUGAAGAGCGUAUCCGUACCUGUCAGGAAAAUAUCGAGCUCUAUAGAGAUCUUUUAGAGCCUGUCAAGAUGGGCGCUUGUACAGCAGAGGAUGUAUGGGUGCCUAAAAGUGUAGGCUUACUGGGUCGAAUGCCGUGGAUCGAUUUAUACGGGGACUGGUUAAAGAUAUUAUUGGAUAAUGUGGUAGGUGUUGGGGGCCAUCGUCAUAUGCAACAAGUCCCAAUCAGUAUUGAAAAUGUUGUGACAAACUUCAUUGAUGAGGUACCACUGCCGCCUCCUGGAAGAUUUGAAAUCGGGAUAACUAUCAGUGGGAAACCUUUGUUUUUCUCCAGGCCACCCAUUAACCAAGUCCCUAUGUUGAAGAAUUUUUCUUUAUAUCCUUUAUUUCGUACAUUGUCACCUCAUUUGAUCCUUGCCGUUAUCGAGACGCUGCUAGCAGAAGGGAAGGUAAUAUUUCUUUCACAAUACCCAGGCAUGCUUUCACUUGCCUGCGAAUCUUUUCGCUAUCUAUUAUUCCCACUUUAUUGGCAAUUUGUAUUUAUUCCAGUUCUACCAGAACGACUAUUAACUUGUUUACAAGCACCUGUACCUUACAUGAUUGGUUUCGAAGGUACUAUGGCAGAUUUGGAUGACAAUGUACCUGAUGAUGCCUGUGUCGUAAAUUUGGACAGCAAUUCAAUGCAUCAAAGUCAAAGAGCAAUGACUAUCCCCGAUAGACAAAGGCGUAAAUUACAGUCUGCAUUCGAACAAUACGCUCCUUUACAUACUAAAUAUAAGAUUCCCUAUGGUGUACCCGAACACAUUAAGAGUGCCUAUCCUAAAGGCAAGAUGUUGUUGAAUUGUACUCGAUCUAAAUCAAGUAAGGUCAUGGUGAAUCCUGCCGCUAGAUCAACACAUCAACAACAAAAUCGACAGCAGCAACAGCAUCAAUAUUUACGACCAACUUCCAAUAGCAUAAAUAGUAAUAGCAGCAGCUACAAUAGGAGAGACUCAAUGGACAGUGCUGAGACUGCCACCUCAUCUUUUAUGUGGUCACAUUCCGCCUCUGUCGCAUCUAAGCCUUCUACAUCUUGGACAGCAGCAUCAAGCACCGUUAGUCGAAAUACCCAUAGUGCAAUCAUGUCAAGAAGCUCAAACGAAUCUUCCACGGCAACAUCCAUUUCUACCUCUGUAGCAACAUCAGCAGCAGCAUCAGCCCAAAAUACCAAGGUUAUACCGCAGUACCCAGGUUCAGCAAUCUUAUCCACCGGUUCAAUUGGUAACUACGCAUUCUCUUCUACGUCUUCAUUACAAAGCGCGCCCACCAGCCCAGUCAGAGCAACAACCGCUAUGCCUUCCUCUUCUAAUAAUAGCUCUGUCAAUAAUAUGAGCAGUAAUAAACCGAGUAUGAUGAUGAAUAGGGAGCAACAACAUUCGUAUAGCAAAUCCACAGCUCGACCUUCUUUAAAAAGCGAACAUUCGAGUGACUUGGGUACGAGGAUGAAAUUGUCUACGCUUAUGUCAAAACCAAAAGCCGUCUUUCAACAUCAUUUGGAACAUUCUUCUUCUUCUUCUUCCGAACAGCCUGGGAUUCCACGUUUAUCAAUCAGUAUGGAUAAUUAUUCAACGACGUACGAUCAAGUAUCUCCAAUCCCGAGAAAAAUCAAGCACAUGGAAGGACAUAUCAUGACCGAGGUUUUACCAUCCGAAGCAAUAACAUUUCAAGGGUACCGUUGUGUUUGCGGUAAGCAGGUGACAGAAGAGGAAGGCUCAGAAAAUGCUUUCAUGUCUUGUCAGGAAUGCCAUCUGGUGACGCACAAAAAGUGCACGGAGCAGAUUCUGCAUCCUUGCUUACCAGCCUGUUUCAACGAACAAAAAGUGCAGGACGCAUUUAUUCGUAUGUUUGCGUCAUUAUUGUACAAUUAUCGAUCAGGAUUCGUCAGUCAUGCUCCCAAUAGCAAUACUAGCAGUAACAAUAUCGGUAAUUCUUCCUUUCUGGAUAGCUUUUCGUCAUCUACAACAUCUGCGCAGAAUAAUAAAGCCAACCUACAGCAACAGCAAACCAUUAGUUAUACCGACAAAAAAGGAAAUACUUACUUCUCAAAAGAACGGUUCCUUAAGCAUUGCGAUAAAGAUAGCAAGGCAUUUUUGACAAAUUUGUGUAAUUCACAGAUGUUCACUCAAUUCAUCACAGAUCGACUUGUGAAACCAUCCCAAGACCCUGAAAUAUUAGUCUUUGAUGAAUACAUUAAAUUAAAAUUAAACAGAUCUAAACUAAAAUUUGUAAAGGAAGAAACACCCUUUUUGAAUGACGAUUCUUAUCGGGUAUCACAAAUUAUUUGGGCCAAUCCACCUCAUCAGCCGCCUCUCACGGAGCCAACGACCGAUAGUAGCAGACGAGGAACAAUAGUAACAGCUGCAAUAACCAAACAACAACAUCAUCAUUCACCUAUUCCGUCGAAACUCACCACUGUUUCUUAUACCACUACGCAGGACACAUAA